AUGAAGUCUCUGAGAUGCGGCCCAGAGGUCAGGGAUCGUCUGCUGCUCCCCUGGCUGCUCCUCCCCGCGCUCUGGGCGGCCGGGCGCGGGCAGCUGCGCUACGCGGUCCCCGAGGAGGCCCAGCACGGCACGUUCGUGGGCCGCCUCGCGCAGGACCUGGGGCUGGAGCUGGCGGAGCUGGUGCCGCGCCUGUUCCGGGUGGCGUCCAAGGAGCGCGGGGAGCUGCUGGAGGUGAACGUGCAGAACGGCAUUUUGUUUGUGAACGCGCGGGUGGACCGGGAGGAGCUGUGCGGGCGGAGCGCGGAGUGCAGCCUCCACCUGGAGGUGAUCGUGGACAGGCCGCUGCGGGUGUUCCACGUGGAGGUGGAGGUGGAGGACAUCAACGACAACCCGCCCGUGUUUCCAGUGGCAGUAAAGACUCUUCGGUUUUAUGAAUCAAAGCUGCUUGGCUCGAGGUUUCCUUUAGAGGGGGCAUCCGAUGCAGACAUUGGAGUCAACGCUCUUCUUUCCUACAAACUCAGCCCCAGUGAGUUUUUCUUUCUGGAAAUACAGACAAACGAUGAACUGAGCCAGUCUCUGUUUCUUGUGCUGGGGAAAUCUCUCGACAGAGAGGAAAGUGCCGAGAUCAGUUUGACACUGGUGGCUACCGACGGGGGCAAACCUGAGCUCACGGGCACCGUUCAAAUAAUUAUUGAAGUAUUAGAUGUGAAUGAUAACGAGCCUACGUUCGCCCAAUCCGUUUACAAAGUACAGCUGCUAGAGAACGUUGCCAAUGGCACCUUAGUGAUUAAACUAAACGCUUCUGAUGAAGACGAAGGGUCAAACGGGGAGGUUGUAUACUCAUUCAGUGGUGAUAUGUCCUCCUCCAUACUGACCAAGUUCAAAAUAGACCCCACCUCAGGAGAAGUCAGAACGAAGGGGAAAUUAGAUUAUGAAGAAUCGAAAUCCUACGAUAUUCAAGUGAUUGCUUCUGACCGAGGAGCUCCAUCAAUGUCAGGACACUGUAAAAUUUCAGUGAAACUUGUGGAUAUCAACGAUAACACACCCGAAAUCUCAAUAACGUCUCUCUCGCUCCCCAUUCGAGAGGAUGCGCCCGUGGGCACCGUGAUCGCCCUGGUGAGCGUGUCCGACCGCGACGCCGGGGCCAACGGGCAGGUGAGCUGCUCGCUGCCGCCACACCUGCCCUUCAAGCUGGCGUCCACCUUCAGGAACUACUACUCCCUGGUGCUGGACAGCGCCCUGGACCGCGAGGCCACCGCGGGCUACCAGGUGGUGGUGACGGCGCGGGACGGGGGCUCGCCCCCGCGGGGGGCCACGGCCAGCGUGUGGGUGGAGGUGGCCGACGUGAACGACAACGCGCCCGUGUUCGCGCAGGCCGAGUACACGGUGUCGGUGCGCGAGAACAACGCGCCCGGCGCGCACAUCUGCACGGUGAGCGCGCGGGACGCGGACGCGCAGGAGAACGCGCGCGUGUCCUACGCGCUGGUGGAGCGGCGCGUGGGCGAGCGCGCGCUGUCGAGCCUCGUGUCGGUGCACGCGCAGAGCGGCCGCGUGCACGCGCUGCAGCCGCUGGACCACGAGGAGCUGGCGCUGCUGCAGUUCCAGGUGAGCGCGCGCGACGCCGGCGCGCCUGCGCGGGGCAGCAACGCCAGCCUGCAGCUGUUCGUGCUGGACGAGAACGACAACGCGCCGGCGCUGCUGGGGCCGGCCGGGGGCGGGGCGCGGAGCCACGCGCUGGCGCGCUCGGCGGGCGCGGGCCACGUGCUGACCAAGGUGCGCGCGCUGGACGCGGACUCGGGCUACAACGCGUGGCUGGCGUACGAGCUGCAGCCGGCGGCGGCCGGGGCGCGCAGCCCGUUCCGCGUGGGGCUGUACACGGGCGAGGUCAGCACCACGCGCGCCCUGGACGAGGCGGACGCGCCGAGGCAGCGCCUGGUGGUGCUGGUGCGGGACCACGGCGAGCCCGCGCUCACGGCCACGGCCACGCUGCUGGUGUCGCUGGUGGACGGCGCUCCGUCGCCGAAGCUGUCUGCGCGCGCGUCGGCGGGCCGCGUGGGCGCGGAGGCGUCGCCGCUGGACGUGAACGCGUCGCUGAUGGUGGCCAUCUGCGCGGUGUCCGGCCUGCUGGUGCUGACGCUGCUGCUGUGGGGGGCGCUGCGGUGCUGCGGGGCGGCGCGGAGCGAGGGCGCGUGCGCGCCGGGGAAGCCGGUGCUGGUGUGCUCCAGCGCGGUGGGGAGCUGGUCCUCGUGCCGGCAGAGGAGGCCCGGGCUGUGCUCCGCCGACGGCCCGCCCAAGGCCGACCUCAUGGCCUUCAGCCCCAGCCUUCCUCAAGGUCCAGACUCCGCAGAAGAAAGACAACCGCCCUCAGACUCAGAAUACAUUCGCAAGGAAAUCAGAGGUGCAAAUAAAAAUGUGGGUAGAAAAGAAGGUCAACGCACUACUUACCGAUUUAGCCACAUGAUGUCGCUGUCCGCCACAAGUUCUUUCUACACAAAAGAGACGCCAGCUUGCCUGCAUCGCUUGUUCCGGUGA